UAGUGCAGACAUCUAUUGGCAGGAAGAUCGUCGCUUUGAGUUCGAGGAGUUUUACUUGCGCAAUACAUCACAUUUCUCUCUUAAAAACGAGCGCGACCGGGAAAAAACAGCGAUGGCGCAUCUUUAGGACAUUCAGUCGUGUAAAUAACACUUCCGGUCCCUGACACGCACGAUUUCAACGCUGAAGUCGCAUGGAGAGAGAGAACUUUUCUAUCUAUUUGUUUUCCUUCGUGCGUGAACUUUAGUGACGUCUCGCGUGAACGACGCAGAAGAGGAUUUGAUGUCAGUUUGGUGACGACGGAUCGGACAUGGAUAAUAAACCUCUUCUUCAGGACAGACCCCCGGCGUAUAACGCAGUCCCGGGAGCGUACGAGUACGGCGCGAUACCCGCGGCCGCUCCACCCGCGGCGGGCUUCCAGCCUCCAGCGCCCCCGCCGCCCUAUCAAGGUUUUCCAGUUGCAGCGGCAGGUUAUCCGGCAGCUCCGGGUCAGUCUACAGCAGGUUAUCCGGCAGCUCCGGGUCAGUCUACAGCAGGUUAUCCGGCAGCUCCGGGUCAGACGGCCUACACCAGCACGUACACCAUCGUCCAGCCCUCUGUGGUGGUGGUGGGUGGAUGUCCGGCCUGCAGGGUCGGUGUGCUGGAGGAUGACUUCACCUGUCUGGGAAUCAUGUGUGCCAUAUUCUUCUUUCCUCUGGGAAUUCUCUUCUGUCUGGCCCUGCGUCAGAGGAGAUGUCCAAACUGUGGAGCCACAUUCGGCUGAAGGGACCAAAAACCCAGUCCUCGUCUUUUUUUAGAGUUCAGUUUUAAGCAUCAGCAUCAUUUAUUGUAUAUGUAAUCACCGCACAACUAUAAUGCCAAAUGUCGCUUUCGUACUAUGAUAAUCAAACCUUCACAAGAGUCAGCAGCCCGUCAAGAAGACGUGACAUGCUGAUCAUCCUCACUUUUAACUUUCAUAUGCAUUGCAAGCACUAUUUGCUGAUUUUUGUUUUCUUUAUAUAAAACUUUGGAUCAUAUUAAAGCCAGAUAUCGAUUCACUAGUGCCUUUGUGAUGGCAUAGAAACCAUGAAGCGAAUGAGAGUGGGCUUGCUGGGAGUCAUUCCCACACAACUCUGGAUCAACACAGACUCGCUUUCCAGUAACGUGUGCAUCACAUAUAUGAGACGGAGCCGGAUGAUUUUUUUCAUCGGUUCAUUUUCAAUUUCAUCACUGAAUGUUUCAGGUUUAUGAGAAUAUGUUCAAACUUUGCAUCACCCGUUUUCUUCCUCUUAUUUUUGUUGACUGUUCUAGCCAUGUGUCACAUCACAUGUCUUAGUCUUGAUAAGAUCAAAAUGUCACAUUUAACUUCUCUUUUAUUUGUUCUAUGUGCUUACAGUCCACUCUGUGGUAUUUGUAAAUCUCGGAUUUCUGUUGUUUUGGGGGCCAUGUUUUUCUUGUAUUGCACUGAUUUUCAAUGUCAUACCAGUUGAGGACUAUUGAAAGAAAGUUGUGCAGUUUCGCUCGAGGUCCUCCGUCAAGUUAAAAAUGAAACCUGCAAUAAACAAGUCAAGGUGGCACCUAAAUAUGUAAAGUGUCACCUGAGGACACGUAGAGUUAUUCUUUGACAAUGGAAUAGUUUUCUUUCAGUGAUCGACAAUCAGUCUGGGCCGUGUUCACAUCAAUGUGAUUUUCUUCUUGAUGUGGGGCAAGUCGCACCGCACAAUUGGCAUGCUGUUAUAAUCGCUUCUAACUUUUUUACAUUAAGAGAUUGUAAAUAAAUCCUACAAGUGUU